UUUAAAUCUGAACCUGUACCUGAGAUAAAUAUGCCCAAGAGCUUGGUUCAGCUGUUAUGACUGAUUAACUUAGUUGAGUAGGAUGGCAUGAAUGGCUGUUCCUGGCAUUGCGCCUGGUACCGUCAUCCUGGAAUUUUGGUGGGGUGAAGCCAACUACAAGCUGGCCACAUCCAACGUCGCCAACCUGACCAGAAUAGUCAUCUAAACAAGUUUUUGUUAGCAUACCGAUGCACUGCACGGCUCCGAAAUCAUGGCGCGCUUGUCAAAUCCAGGUCGAGCAGCUAUUCCACAAACGAGUGAUCUUGAUCGAUCAUCAGCAGAGCUAGGACAGCUCCUCUUGCGCCUCCAGCGUACUGUUCUCCAUGCCGAUCCCGCACGCGAACAAAGAUUACGGACGUCAGAAUAUGAGCGCGCCAAAUUAGAGACGAACUUGGACUACGCCAGGACCUCGCUGUCAAGGCUCGAGCAGGAGGCGAUGACCCUGCUAGCGCCUGGGAGGAAAGGCGACGUGCAGGCGGACCUGUACAAGAAGAGAGAGCUACUUGAACUGCUAGUGGACCGGCUACACGAUUUCCAAAAGAUGGCGGUCGAGGACGACGAAGACGCGUCGGAAGGGGAGGAUCUGCUGGCGUCUGUAGGAUAUACACCGAGCGAGAGCAUCUCCUCGACGAGCGCGGCUACACCCAGCGAUGCGGAUCAAGAAGCGAAACAGGUACAAACACCAACGCCGAAGACAUCACAACCCCCCGCGCCAGCAACAGAACCUGGUUACGCAAGCUCUGAAUCGACUCCGUUUACCCCAGACGAGCCCACGAAAACCACGCAGAACCCGCGGUCUCGAAACCAAGAAACCCAGCAGCCAUCAUAUGCCUCAGCGCGGGCCGCUUUGUUUGCCAACAGGAAACGAACCGAUCCAGCGCACGCCGCUGCCACCACAGGCGUGUCCACUGCCACUGCAGAAGCCAUCCUCGACCAGCAGGCCGGCGAGCGCGAAGAUCUUUCCGACAAAGUGUUCAAGAUGGCACAGGCCAUGAAGGAGAAACAGUUGAGCAUUGCGUCCAGUCUAGACGCCGAGAAGGACAUUAUGGGCCGUGCGACAGAGGGCAUGGAACGAACGGGGCGUGGCAUGGAGGCCGCAAAGGGAACCAUGGGCUCGUUGAUGAGGAUGAGUGAAGGGAAAGGCUGGUGGGGGCGCAUCAUGCUGUAUGCUUGGAUUUACGGGCUGAUGGUCGCUUUGGUGUUACUGGUCUUCGUCAUGCCCAAGCUCAGGUUUUGAGGGCAUGGAUGGUAUCAUGGCGUAUGCCUCACGCGGCAUCCGUCGGCGACAUUCAAUGUGGGAUUCGA